CAUUUGAUCAGCUUUGCCAAUAUGGACUGGACUAGAGGCCAGACCAUAGGCCAUGGCUCAUCCGCCACCGUCUCCCUAGCCACCUCUCGUCGGUCCGGCAGUGUUUUUGCCGUGAAGUCCGCCGAGCUAUCCCAAUCCGGGUUCUUGCAAAGAGAGCAACAUAUUUUGUCAUCUUUGAGCAGUCCCCAUGUAGUUAGCCACAAGGGGUGUGACAUUACUAUGGAGAACAACAACAUGCUUGUGUACAACCUUUUCAUGGAGUAUGUCGCCGGUGGCACGAUUACCGACGCAAUUCGCAAGCGUGGAGGCCGGCUUGAUGAAUCGGCGAUCGGAUAUUACACCCGGCAGAUUGUGCAAGGGCUGGAGUACUUGCAUUCACAUGGCUUGGUACAUUGUGAUAUUAAAGGUAGGAACAUUUUGAUUAGUGAAGAUGGUGCAAAAAUUGCCGACUUUGGGUGUGCUAAGUGGGUUGAUAAGGUUGAAGAGGCUUCCCCCAUUGGUGGCACGCCGAUGUUUAUGGCACCGGAGGUGGCGCGUGGGGAGGAACAGGGGUUCCCUUGUGACAUUUGGGCACUUGGGUGCACACUAAUUGAAAUGGCUACGGGCGGUGCACCGUGGCCUAAUGUGGCUGACCCAGUAACGGCCUUGUACCACAUUGCAUAUUCCGGGGAAUUGCCGGAGUUUCCAAGUUGUCUGCCGGAGCAAGCAAAAGAUUUCUUGGAUAAGUGCCUGAGAAGGUGUCCAAAGGAGCGGUGGACAGCUAGUCAACUUCUUAAGCAUCCGUUUCUUGUGGAAUUCAAUUCCAGUGCUGCAAAGCCGAUUCAAGAAUCCAAUUCAAGUUCUCCGACGAGUAUUCUUGAUCAAGGAUUUUGGAACACGCUGGAAGUGUCAGAAAGCCAGAGCAAUCUGGUUGGUACACGUGUGGAAAAUCCGACCGAUGAUAGGAUCAGACGGUUGUCGUCACUUUCAGGGGUACCCAGUUGGACAUGGAGUGAGAAUUGGUUAACGAUUAGAGGGAAAAGUUGUGAGGAAAGCAAUAUUAUUAUGGAUGAUAUUGAAAGUGAAGCUGAUAUAAUUUGUGGGUCAGCCAUAGAUUCCAUUGUUAACGGUGUGGAAGAGCUGGAGAGCACAGUUGGUGGAGAGGGGUGGUUGAAUUUUUCAAGUUACAAUGUAAAUAGUAGCUGUGAGAAUUUAUUAGGUUUGUGUAGAUGUAGGAAAAGUAGUGUAGCUUUGAGCAAUUUUAGUUUUGAGAGGGACAUAGACAAGUUGUUUCUUCCUUCAAUUUCAAGUUUUUAA